UUCCUCUUCAGUCAUCGAUUCACUUUUUACAUUUUACAUUUUUACAGUAAUGAGAGAGUUAAGUUUUUCCCACGGGCGUAUGGUACUUUAAGUUAGCCCCCACAUGUGUGAUCAUAGGUGUUGUUGAAGGGGAGUCGAGUGUGUGAAGAGAAUGACGGAUAGCCAGCAGCAGUUUUGCUUGCGGUGGAAUAACUUUCAGGCGAACAUCACGAGCCAGUUCGAGGCGCUGCGAGAUGACGAGGACUUCGUCGACGUUACCUUCGCGUGCGACGGCAGGCGACUCCAGGCGCACAAGGUCGUCCUUUCCGCGUGCAGCCCUUACUUCAAGGAGUUGUUCAAGACAAAUCCUUGCAAGCAUCCAAUAAUCUUUAUGCGGGAUGUUGAGUUUGAACAUCUACAGUCAUUAUUGGAAUUUAUGUACGCUGGCGAGGUAAAUAUCUCGCAAGCAGAAUUACCUACAUUUCUACGUACUGCUGAAUCUCUUCAAAUUCGUGGCCUCACCGACUCCCAAAGUAAUCAGCACAACAACGAAAAGCAUUUGAAGACAAAUAACAUCCAUGCAUCAAACGGUCGUGAUCUGAUCUCUCCGAGCUUUGACGAUGAACGCAGUAAAACUCCACCACCUUCGAGCCCUCCACCACUGAAAAGGCUGUGUAAAAGAAGUGAUUCACCUCCAGUUUCUAGUCCAGCACCCACUGUGCCGCCUUGUGCUACCAUUGCACCACGUUCGCGCCCACUUAUCGAGCCUCAAGUUCAGCUCGAUUGUUACAAAGAUCUCGAUAUUGUUGAGCCAAAAAUAGAAUUACCUGAAUAUGGCAGUGAUGACGAUUGCUCACCUAAACCGGAAGCUAAUGCAUUGCCCAGUGGAUUUCUCAGCUUGGAUAGUGGUAUGGAAGUGUUACCAUCUUAUCCACCAUCUUAUCAAGGAAACCAAAACGUAGAAGGAGGAAUGCCAGGUCCAUCACAUGGGAGUACAGAAUUAAAUCAAGAACAGCAAGCGCGAAGAGUACGUCGUGGUAGGCCGCGGCUCGGAACCAGAGGCGGCAAACACCCGUCGCCGUCCGUUCACAGAAACUCACCCUCCAGGAGCGACUGGCUGCCCUUGGACAUGAGAACUACCCCGCCCACCGCGAUGCCCGCCUUCCGCGGAUUCGAAGAGUCUUCGUCGGAUGGUGUGGUCCACUUGGGUGAAGGUAUAGCCGUAUGCGAGGAACAACUAAGAGCCGUAAAAUGGAGUGAUUAUCGCAAGUUGACGCGUGGAUUAGCCGCGAUAUUGUUCAGCCCGACGGAGUUGGCGACGUGCUCCGUCACCGGUCAACGUUGGAGCCGUGCCGGCACAGCUACCGAACGUCCUGUGAAACCUGCCCUCGACAAGGCUAAAGUUCAAGCUAUUAUAUCUUACGUAACAUCGAGGUUUCCGUCUGUGGACGUCAGCAGCGUGAAACAAGUUUUGGCGUACAAGUGCAAAGAGAACUCCACCGCCCUCAAAAUGAAGUCUAUACGAUACAUAUGCGAUAGACAGGACACGGACACGUCACCACGGGGCGAGUCCGAGGACAAGUGAGAGGGGCUCCAGGGUGCGUGCAGGGUGCAGCCCGCCCCUCAGUUUCGUCGCGUCCUCCCGCACCCUCCAUCCGAUACGGUCCACUCGUCGCAGCGUUCCCGGGUCCAGCGAGGUCAUGGCGAUUAUCGUAACAAUAAUAACAAUCAGUGCGUCGACGGACGCUCAUGGCGCAACCACGAGGAAGGGCACAGAUGCGACUCGUCUCCCACGCCAUCGACGCAGGCAGGUCUCGAAAAGUUGAUGCCUCUGCACACGCUUCGCGGCGUAUUUCAUUCCACCCUACGAACGGCAACGGCCUCGUACAUUUAAUUGCUGGUUUAACCAGCUGCAUCGAUCGAGAUCUAAUCCUAAAAGGGUAGGACGGAAGAGGAGCGGAAAUAUUACGAAUCGUUUCGAUAUACGGUCUCUUAAACGAUAUUACAGGAUAUUCAACGUUCAUUAGUUUUCUUUACCUCUUUUUUUUUGCCGUGAAAAUUUCCAAAUUUUCACGGCAGGAACGAUCGACUUUUUCUCAUGCGUUCCGCAAAGAAAGAGAUUAACAUGCUUACAAAUAUAAAGAUUACACAGGAAACGCGGUUUGUGAAGCACAAGCACGGUAGAUAAAUACAAUGAAUAAAAUGCAAGCUCGCGUAAAGUAGUACACGUUGUUGGAGGGUAGAAAAAUUUAAGAAGGGUGGAAAUGCGUGAUUGUUUGGUUGUAUUGCAGCAAGAUUAGUCGUGCUAUAUCGGAUCUUAAAUCAUCGAUACUCCGAGUAUACGUAUUAUUUUUGGAAGCUGCUGGUUGCGCCUCGUAGUGAUUCAAAUUAUUCAUAUUUACAAAAUGCACCUAACAGCUUCGAAAAAUUUGAUAUACCUCGAGUAGAAUAGAGAAAAUCGUCGUCAAUAUCAGGCUUACAUUUAGGACGUACAUUCGAAUGUCCGUAUCGUGAAUUUAUCGGGACAAAGCGGGACGGAUUCUGAGAUCCGUGAAAAUUUUUCUCAGCUCCACUUUCAUUUUAAUCGUAACAACGUGUGACGUUAUAGCGUACUUUUUUGAUCGAUUUUUCGCUUUUUAACGUGAUUAUUUGAGAAAUAUAAGUAAUGGAAGAGCCAUGCAGGAAGACAAACGUUCAUUUUACGGGCAUUCAUCUGGUUUGCAAUACGGACAUCCGAUUAGGAAUAAAGAGUUAAAAAAAAAAAUAUGCAAGUUAACGAGACGCGACGAGGGUUUAUUACAUGGCUGCGUUCUUGCCGGAGAAAAAAAACGUCGUUCCUUCGCGUAUGCGCGUUUCUCUUGUUAAUAGAUAAGUCUAUCUAGUAUGUGGUACAUUUCUUUUUCGUGCAAUAAUGUGAAUCAUUCGUGUGACACGUAAAAAGAGAGAAGGAGGAGUGCAGGUGUAAGGGGCGAGUUAUAGAAUGCGGCACGAAGGAACGGUUCUGCGUGCAAGAACAUAUGUAUAUUAGGAGGAUUUAUUUGGUUUUGGCUGUGAGCUACGACCACACAUGCGAAGGAGGAGAUCCGUGUGGCUCUAAUGAAAGAGAACGCACCCUUCCAGAGUGAAGGCGAGUGAUAAAUAGUGAGAAGGCAAUAUUAUAAAGAAAAAAAAAGAAUAAGAAAUGUUAUUAAAAAAACAUAGCAUGGUCGGACGGAGCAGUCCGAUCCUACCGGGAUACAAGGGUAGACUUUCACAUAGAGUAUGCCUAAUAUAUGAAUACAUAGUAUAAAUGUAUAAAUACAGAAUAAUAUAAAUAUAUUAUAAAUAUUAUAGUAAUAUAUAUAUAUAUAUUACUAUAUUUAAUAUAUAUAUUAUUAACGAAAUAGAUGAACUUAUAUUAUUUGUUGGGAGAGCAUAUUACAUAUAUUACACAUAUUUAAUAUAUUUAGGAUAUUUAUUUGUUGAUUUGAUGAUAUAUGUAUGUAUAUACAUAUAUAUAUGUAUACAUAUAUAUUAUAUAUGAUUUUUAUAAAGAUGGCGCGCGCGCGGCAUGGAGAGGCCGGCCUAUAAAAGCGUUUCAAAAAAAAGAAAAAAAAAGAAUCACAGCGAAGAAAAUGGAUGCAUGCAGAUGUUACCGAUGAUAUGUAUAUGAAAUAUAAUUGAAGUGUUCUCGCACGAUUGCAGCUUUCGUCGAUCUGAUCGUUACACGUAUAUCAAAACAGUUCGAUCAACACAAGUGCGAUCGUGCAAAAUUUGUCUUCUAAGGCACAGAGGUUUUAAACGAUUCUUUUUCAUCUAGCGGAACAGAUAUAUGCGAUUGCGUUUUAGCGAAAUUAGCCGACUGAUUAAGCCCGGUUCAGAUUGUCUGCUUUCGUCGUUAGCAACGAGAGCAGGGGAGUGCGCUUUCAAAGUGAUCGUACGUAAAGUAACGUCAACGAGAAAAUAAAAAUUAACUUUCGAAUUUAAUUGCUACUUCAACACAAUCAAAUUUCUCAAUGGGUGGUAAAAAAUGUCAUUAAAGAACGGAAUUAAACGGCACUGUGAUUUAUUACUGCUCGUUUAACGAUAACCAAUCGAAUAGCCUAAAAUAAGAGCAGUUCUUUUAUCGCUGGCCUAAUGUUACUUAUAAUCUAAGAGGUCCAAUCGAUAAUGCUUUCUCUUUUAUCGCUUAAGGGAAAUUAUAUUUUGUUUAUAUGAUUUAGUUUUUCUUUUCUUAUUUAAUUGCAUACGGGUUAGAACACAGAAAGAGUAUUUAAUUUAACGUAAUUAAUUGUAUUUUAAUUUAGAUGUUAUGAGAGAGAAGAAAUAUCAUUCGGGGUGAAGGGCGGGCGAGAAACACUGAAUCGGCCUUAAUUACGAUACUCACUACAGUCUAUUGCAGAAACGCGCUCAAAGUGACGACGCGUGUGUAUACAUACAUUCAUAUAUUCAUGCACAUCAAUAUUCCCAUAUCCACACAUGUACAUUCAGUCACGCGGCAAGUUCUCGUGUUUGCGAAUUUGCGCAUUGACGAAACAUUGGAAUGGACGAACUUCUUGUUUUUUUUUAUUUUACUUCUUUUUUAUUUCAAAAAUAACAUUUUUUUUAAUGAAAGAAAUUUCUGGAAAUUUUAGCAGCAAUAAGUUUUCUCGAUUUGUACGUUAAUUGCGAAAUGAAAUUGUCAAGAACACAUUUCGUUGAUUAAUCGCAAACUAAUUGGAAGUUCACUUCCAAUUUCAGAAAUCUUAUAUUGCUGUUAUCAUUUUGCGCACCGCUUUGAUAACGCGACGAUCAAAGUAAAUAUCUCCUAACAUAUUUUACUGUUUAAUAAAGUUUGAUAUUAUUAUUUCGACAAAAAUGCUGUUUACUCCUUAGUAAUAUGUUUCGUUUCGUUAAUUGUUCAUUUUGGUUUUGUUUUCCCUAUUUUUCUAAAGCGCAAUUUUCUGUUGUCGACGUCGCGAUCAGUGAUAUCGCGGGUUUUGAUCUUCGUGCUUACACGUGUGUUACAUACAGAGCAUGCGACAGACACAGUAGAGGUACAUCGUAGUGUUUUGACUCUUCGAUCGUUCACGUAGCCACCCCAGAGUAGACAAACGAGCUUGUAAAUAGUUAUACCGAAUGUUAUACGAUUACACAAAAAAAAUAACGAAAUAAUUACGACGGUGAGACACAGCGGGGGAAAAGGGUUUCUCUCGCGAAGUUGAAACCUCUCGCGUUACCAAGCGCCUACGAUUAUACGAUUAUAGCGGUGUUGCUCUGAACAGAGAAUGGACCUCGCGUGCAAGUCGUAAAGUUAGAAUAUCGCAGUCUUGACUUUUCUCAACUAAAGUUAAAGCGCGGCGAAACUCGCGCGAGAGAUGCAGAACCUCGGCCAAAACACAUACGGGAGCAUCUUCGGCUAAAUCGUUUAAGAAGACAGAGUGCCAAUGCGAGGCGUACGAAAUUUCAGAGUCCACUUCUCUUUUCGGAUCACGGGGAGAGUAGCGUGUGCGUAUUUACCUGUGUACUAAGCAUACCGUAAACAAAUACUAAUUUCCAACGAAAAAAAAUAUACAUAUACAUAUAUAUAUAUAUAUAUAUAUAUAUAUAUAUAUAUAUAUAUAUAUAUAUAUAUAUUAAAGGAACGGGAUCGUUACAACAUUUACGCGUAUAGAUAGCUUGCGGAGUAGGUUUAAAAAAGAAGGGUAUCGAAUGAUGGAGUUAAGUGAGCAAGAGAAAGGGAAGAGAUGGAGGGUUGACUGGACAAGUAAUAUACUCCAUGCCUUAUAAUAAUAGGUAAUAAAGUACGCGUAAGCAUAAAUAGAUCUAUUUAACUAGUGAGUUAAGAAUUAGAGAGAUCGUGUUGUUCUGGCGCACCUGGCGAUGGGAAUUGAAUCGUUAAGACGCGAAAACGAAAAACAACGCUUAUUCUACCGUAACAGCGUACGCAGAUGAAGAGAGCGAAGAGGUCCGUGUGAUUAAUCAAUUUUUUUGAUGCGGCGUCUUGAAUUCCCAGCGCUUCGUGCGCGUCUUUGUAAAUGACAAGUGAACGCUAAUCGAAAUAUUUGACCGAACAAAAGUGCACGAUGAUCGAGAAACCACCAACGAGUCUCUUACAAAUUAUAUUCCAUCCUUGCGAAUUCGUUACACUUUCGAUGAUUGCGGACAAUAUCGUGCAGCGCAAUUUUAAACAACCCGCGACCGUGCAAUAAUCUGAUAACGACAAAAUGAAAUAUAAAGCGAAUAUAGAAAUCAGGAAUAAAAAUUGGCGCCGUUUCAUUGGCUCGUCGUGCGCUUUCGUGUCUUUCAAUCGUAGUGAGUAGUGAGCAUCCCUAAGCGUAGUAGGGAAAGUGAUGCCGCUAAGUCGAACGAUGCUGCGUGAUUUGAUGUAGUUUUUAAUAUCGUUUUACCACACAGAUCGAGACGAAACAACCGUGAAGGGGAAAAGGAGACAGUCGAGUUAGACUGCACAUCGCAGUUUGUGGCUUUGGUAUGCUUUAGAUCUUUUUUUUUUGCAAUCCCAUUUUGUUUCGAUUACCAAAUUGUUCGAUAGUCUCAUUCGCAUUUCGAUAUUCGCUUACACUUGUUUAUACUUCUUCAUUAGAAAUUAGAUUUAAUACAUGUAAUUAGUAUGUCCGAUUAAACGUAAAAAUUUCCAAAGACGCUCUUGGGGGCUUACAUUAUUUAGGAAUCGUGGUUGCAGUGCAAAUGUUUCUGGAUUAUGAUUGCAUCCUUGUUGCAAUUAGUAACGACGUUCAAGACGAGCUGUCACUAGCUGGUAUUAUGAUUUCUCCUAUAUACACGCCCAACAUCAAUUACGAGCAAUUUGCCCAAAGAUAAUCGCAUGUCUUAUGGUUACCGUGUAAUAGAACACACAUCGAGCGCUUUAUCCCAUAGGUAACGCGUAGUCCCUAAAAGCUGUGAAAAAAAAAAAAAAAAAAAUGAUAGCAACGAAAUCGGUCGUUAAUAUUUAUUUUAGACGCGCGAUUCAUAAUAGGCUAUAAGUCAUCCUGGAGGAUGGUUUUUUUUUGUCGAACCUUAUUCGUUGAAUAUUAACCCUAAAUGGUACAUUAUAAUUUACUUACCAAGAAUGGCUGUGUAAGAGAGACUGGCAGAGACCUUGCAUAAGAUAAUAAUGGAUUUAUAUUUAUGUAAAUCUUUCUUUUUAAUAUUCAUUAGGACGUUAUAAAUUUGACAUUGUAUAUUUGUAUUGUGUUUAUAUAUCUAUGUUUAUAUGAAUAUAUAAAAAAAAAACAAAAAAAUUAAUUGGUAAAAUUUUUUUAAAUGGAUAUUUUGUUUUGUACGUGAAAAGGUCCGAGUCAGAACUUCUUACGCUGUUUAGGGCUGAUGCCCUUGUCUAGACUAUUUCAUACUUAUAGCAUCGGCGAACAAGUUUCUGGGAGUUUUUUUUUGAGAAACUGCGCCAUAAUAUCGUUAUUGAAAGCUUUCUUUCAAAGAAUUGGAAAUUGAUCGGAAAACUUUUGUGCGCGAUUUUAACAGUUUCUAAAGAGACAUUUCUAAGAAACUAUUCGCCAGGAACAGUAGCGUCACGUGGUAAUAAUUUUUAUUUGCACCAGAUAUCCAUUUUUGUUCAUCAACUCGGUUUUUGUUUUUUUAAGAGAUUAACAGAAAUUUUGAUUGCGAAAAUAAUAUAAAAUAAUUGUUACCAAGUAAUUUACACAGAGAGAUGAUACACAUCUAGCGGAAUCCUUAUUUUUAAAUUGCUUAAACUUAAUACUCUUCGAUACUUGAAGGAAUCUCUGGAAAAACAUUACGAGCGACACUUCUCAAUCGCUCCAGGAAUUAAUACGGGACACCUAUUCAUCCGACAAUUUAUGCGUGGUAUGUUCCACUGUGACCGUUUCUUCAGGGAUUGCUCUAGUUAGAUAAGUGGUGAAAGGUAAAAUGUAAUUUAUAUGCAUUAUAAUUUUUAGAGUAGAUUGCGAUGAAAAGUAUACCAUUGAGCGGCUAGUGAAACGUAUUUGUGCAAUAAUAGAGUAAAUAAGUAGAAAAGUGCAGAAGAGAAGAUUCACGCGCGCAAACGUCGCGAAAGAGUUACUUUGACAGCGAAAAUCGUGAGCCACGUGACGCGCUUUCCUUUGAAACUGUUGGCAAUAUCGUCGAGGGAACUUGGAAGAUCGAGAUCGGGAGAUGUGCGCUCGAUCUUUGUGCAAUAUUCCCGCGAUUGUGAUACGCUAUAAUAAUUGUCAGACGUUUUAAUCCGUUAGCGCGGCUUAUUGUUCUGAUUUGUUGUGUCAUUUCGAACUUCUGUGUUAUUUUUAAUAAAUCUAUGGAUUAUUUUGUUUCCACGCCUAUCUUUAUUUCCGCUCGAUCCCGGAUUUUCGGUUCCUCCGACUUUUUCUUCUUUUUUUUUAACUGUCGUAAUUUACUUUGCGAAGCCGCUAAAGUAAGAACCGUCUGUCUCUCGUAAAUCUAACAAUAGAUGGACGUAGGAAGGGAAGAAAAGAUUACUUAGCAAUUUUUUAAAGCCAAUGUCUAAUUUCGGGUACUAGGAUAAACUGAUUUCGUUUUUUUUUUUAAACUAAUGUAAUUGUAAAUUAAUAUAGAUCUUUAAUUUAGAAUUUAAAAGAAUUACCGCGACACGCAGCUUGGUUCGUUCUCAGAGAGGCGUUACCUUCAACAAGUCAAUGCACGAAACAGCAGCAAUAAGCAGCGAUACUGUUAAUUAAUUAGAUAUAUAGCGUUUGUCGAAAAGCGCCAAGAAAGUGAUCCAAGACGAACGUUAGACAUUGCGCUUGCCGAUCGGGCGCCAGCGAUUCGAUAAACUCGCAGAGACGGGAACUUUGAUGCCGAUUUCGUUGACUGUGCUACACGGAAAGCAUAAUUUUGCUAAAAUACAGAUCUACAAAUAAUUAUGUUGAAUCGUUUAAAAAAAAUUGUAUCGGACGUUUAACUUGGUUGCUAGAAUGUUAAAACUGUUUGCAACAACAUUAUCAUGCGUCCCACAUAAUCAUUUUGAUGGCCCAGUAUAAAAUUAUUAUCUGAUUUAGCCUACAUUUUUAUAUGUUGCAGUAAAAUCGUUCUUUCCGUGUAUGCACAAAAAAUAUUCAAAGUAACAGCGGAAGCAGAUUCGAAGAUGAAAUAUAAGAACAAUGAAAAAAUGUUAUGAAUGUUAAUGUUUUAUAACUAUACAAAACUGCUUCUCGUAAUAUGAUACAAAUUAUGAAAAAGAUAGUACGAAGAUACAUAUGUAUUAUUAAGAAGAAGUAUCUUUCAAGAAACUUGCAAUCGAGGGAAACUUGUUCUUGUCGAAAAUUCGUCUAGCUGUGUCUAAAUAUAAUUCACAUAAUCAAUGUGAAUAAUUAAGUAAAAUAAAAUUAAUUAAAUUAAUCCGAAUAAUUUGAAAGCUACAUAAUAUGAAGCUUACAAUAUCAAAGUUAAUUAAAGAUGAAAGUUUUGUUAUUUUAUUGUUAUAUUUAAUAUUCAAUAAAGAAAAUUUAAUUCAAUCGCUAACGUGUCAUUAAAUAAUCUUGCGACAAAAUUUUCGUUAAGAAUAAUCGCAAGCAAGUUUCGUGAGGGAUUACGUCUCUUUUAAACGAGUAUAUAAAUGAUUAUCUGCAAUAAUUAUUUCAAUAAAAAAAACAAACAAACAAACAAACGGAUCAUCAAAGUGUACCGGAAAAAUUCACUCGAUGCGGCGCUCUAACGGCUUUAAAUAAUAAUACCGUAAUUGUGAUAAAAAUAGUUAAUUAGUAGGUAAACGUUACAUAUACGAUGUAACGAUCGUCGACGCGAUUACAACGACGAUCCACGACGGUAGAUAAGUGGCAGAUUUAUCGCGAAUAAAAAAUAUAAAUGCAUACAGGGAUGAUAAAGAUAUUACGUAAGGGAUAAAAAUCAUUAUUGCGUAUAAUCGAUCAUUAAGUGAUCAAAUAGUUUAUAACAGACCCGUAGACCAGUGAUAGAGAAGUAUAAAUAAAUAUAUAUAUAUAUAACAUAUUAACGAAUAUCGGACUACCACUGCGACGUAAACGAGUAAACGAUGUACUUAUACAUAUACAUUAGUCAAUGUUCAAUGUUGAGAUAUUUAUCUGAAAUAAAAUACAUAUACGUUGUUUACA